GAAAUGUCUUUGCCGGAUGAUGACUGCUUCAAAAAUCUAUCUAAAACCCAACAAGUGGAACUGUAUAAAUUAUACAAGAAGUUCAACAAGCCUUAUGUGCAAGUAAACUAUGAUAACCUUGUGAAAGCACUUGAGUUAGCAUCUAUUGAAGUAUCAAUGAAGAGCCAGUUUGAUCAGGUUCUAGACGUCUACAAAGAAUCAUUACAGGUCAAGUAUGAUGUACUCAUUUUAUUUCUGGAUACGGCACUACCCGCUUGGAUUGAAUACAUUGAAUCAACAUUAAGCAAUAAUAUUCUCAACAUUAUCAAAUUGUUUCUCAACGAACAUCAUUUGGAUUUAUCUGUGUUUUACCUUAUUGACAAGAAAAUCAAACAUGCUGAAAUCAUUAUGGCCUAUCAUGAUUUCGUAGGCACAUACUUUCUCAAAAGCUGUACUGGUAUUCGAAUCUAUAGCUUGUUCUAUGGCAAGAAAUGCAGGCCCAUUAAUUUUAUAAACGAUAAAGCAGACAAAAAACGAAACAGCGAGCUAGAAAACGAGCUGAAAAGAAUGAGAAGCUUCUCUGAUUUUCUGCGCUCGCGUAAACGAAUGAAGAUCUUUCAAGCAGCAAGCAGUUCCUUUAAUAUGUUUGUUAUUACAAAUGACGAGCUACUUAUCUGUUUACCACCUAUUGAAUCCAUGAUGAAGGGCAUGAAAGGCAUUAUCAGUGUGGAUUAUCGUAUCAAUGUGUUCUUGGCUUCUUACUUGGGAACCUUGACAGCACUUAUACCUACGUUUGAAGACUUUGAACUUGCUCAAAAAGAAGGCAUGUUUGAACCUGAAAUGAAGUAUAGUGAAUUCAAGUCUUUGUGUGCAAACUCAUUUUUGGAAGUGGAAGAUUAUGAUGAACAUCUUUACUUAUUUGUUUUGAAUGCAAACAAAUAUUUUUACCAGUACUUUAAUGCUUUGUGGAGGGAUUUAACAAACAAGCUCAUGUUUGAGCCUGUUUCUUUCUACUUGACAUUGAUGGCGACUAUCUUUUCUCUACUUUCGCUAAUACAAGUCUUACAAAAUGCAAAAAUCAUACCACCCUUGUAUUAA